AAGUUUGUAAAUAUUGGUAGUAAGGUUAGUGGCAUUAAGUGCCAAACAACAGUUUGCUCUUGAUUUUAGAAUUAAUAGAGAACUGCUAGAAUUUAUUGAACUUAUUAGUGAAAUGGCUAGAUUUGCACUUAGAAAUUGCUUGAUAAUAAUGUGAAGGCUGGAUUGGAAUAAAAAAAAGUUUCAAGACAGGAAGACUGAUUAGGAGGUUAUUAAAGUGGGUCCAAGCCAGAGAUGAUUAGGGCCUGGAUUAAAGUGGUAGACAUGUGGAUCUAGAGUAGAUUGAAGUAAGAGAUGUUGUGGCAGUAGAAAUGAAAUUGUUUGGCAACUGAUUAAUUGAUUUGUAGUAUGAAGAAGGAGAAGAAGGAGGAUGACAUCAAGAUUGGGUGACUUGAAAGAUGGUAGUAUCCUUGACAGUAAUAGUGAAAUUUGGAUGAAGGAAGUAAUAGAUUUGACGGGGAGAGGGAAAGGGAAAAAGAAAGUUUUAUUUUAGACACUGAAUUUGAAAUUCCUAUAGGACAUCCAGUUUGAAAUGCAAAAUAAACGUUGGUGAAAUAGGACUCCAUUUCAAGAGAGAGAUUAGAAAUGUAUAUCUGAAUCUUCAGCUCAUCUGAAUAGAGAUAAUAAUUAAAGCCAAAGGGGAGAGAGAAGUUAAUUAUUUGUUCCUGGCAGAUCCCUAUUUCCUCCCAUUAAAACAUUUAAAAUACUCAGUUGUCCCACACUUAAAAAUUUGUUUUUUUCUUUUUUCUUUUUAAUUCAGUUUUAUUUUCAAUUCUGAAUUCUCUUCUUUCCCUUGUACUCAUUCAAGUGGGCAAGAAAAGCAAAGCACAUUACAAACAUGUAAAGUUAUGCAAGACCAAUCCUCAUUAACUAAAUCAAAAAACAAAGAAAGGGAAGAAAACAUGCUUCAAUUUGGAUUCUAAGCCUGACCUUUAUCAUUAGUUCUUUGGAGUAGUGGUUGCUCAUUGUGUCUGUCAGAGUUUGUAGAGGGCUGAAACUCUUGAAUUGAUGCACUGAGGUCAGGACAGCCGAGCACUUGAGGCUAACUACUGAUUGCACAAUAAUUUAUAACCAUAUGCUUGGAAAAUGGCCCUUCCCACUAUCCUGUGCUGGCUCGAUGGUUGGUGUAUACAGAAGAUUGUAGGAGGGACUAGAGGGUGAAGUAAGACUAGCCAGAGUCACUUUGGCUGUGGACGAGGAAGAAGGAGGUUGCGGAAAUUCUGCUUCCAUCCCCUUCACUUCUAUCCCUAAAGACCAAGAAUAAAGACUAAGGACUUUUGCUGAUCCUGACUCCGGCUGAUUCUAAGGUUAAAGAUUCAAUCUCUCAGAAAACAAUUGGCCAAAUGCGAAUGCAGUUUUGGAAGAAAGCUGUGGAAGAUAUAUAUUCUGACAGUCCACCUCAUCAGCCAGUAGCCAUUGAACUAUGGAAGGCAGUCAAGAGACAUAAUCUAACUAAAAGAUGGCUUAUGAAAAUCAUUGAUGAAAGAGAAAAAAAUUUGGAUGACAAAGCAUAUCGAAACAUCAAAGAACUGGAAACAUAUGCUGAAAACACACAAAGUUCUCUUCUCUACUUAACACUGGAAAUAUUAGGUGUAAGGGACCUCCAUGCAGAUCAUGCUGCAAGUCAUAUUGGAAAAGCACAAGGAAUUGUUACCUGCUUGAGAGCAACACCUUAUCAUAUCAGUAGGCGAAAGGUGUUUCUUCCCAUGGACAUUUGCAUGUUGCAUAGUGUUUCACAAGAAGAUUUUUUACGUAAGAACCAAGACAAAAAUCUGAGGGAUGUAAUUUAUGAUAUUGCCAGCCAGGGACAUCUUCAUUUAAAACAUGCCAGAUCCUUCCAGAAAAGUGUUCCUGUGAAAGCAUUUCCUGCUUUUCUUCUGACUGUUGCCCUAGAUGACUAUUUAGAAAAAAUUCAAAGAGUGGAUUUUGAUGUGUUCCACCCACGCUUACAGCAGAAGAAUACAUUAUUAGCAUUGCAUCUCUAUAUUCGUUCUUGGAAAAAAAGAUAUUAAAAUCAAUUUAUAGUACUAA